CUGACCGCAAUCCUUUUCGUCGAUCGUGCCAAAUGAAGAGCAUCUUUUCAUAUUCCAGGCUCGACGAAGCAGGUAUGCAGACCAGGGUUGAGCUAGGCACAGAUUGCUUUUAUUCACCUCGCUUAACCUACACCCCGGUAGAGCCGAUCUAGACGCUUCGCCAGCUCACCCUUUCGCGUCGAUCUUUACUGCGAAAAGUGCAACAACAUGACCAAGAGCAUCUCCUGCAUAAGGAUCACGCGUCCUUCAUCUUUACAGCAAUGCAGGAUGACUACUCGGGCGCCACAUCGCGAAUCCCGACAUUCCAGGCGUGCAAGUGGAGGCGAUCGAGUCCCACCGACGUACCCGAGGUGUGCCUCCCCGAUCCUUCUGAAGCAUGAAUCCUUCGGCUCGAGCACAUCCUAUUGCAGAUCCAGACGUAGUUUAUUCUGCAAAGCUGUCACUCGCUUAAGCUCAGCUUCAUUGGCAAAGAUGUUUCUUGAAAGGAAACGUCUGUCGCACUGUUCAAAUCACUUCACCAGCAUUACAAGUUCAUCACAAAGGCAGACUACCCUUCUCCACUCAGACAACUCGUUUAUUUCACAGAAACACCCAAAAUUCUUCAUUAUGUCGCCCACUCCCUACACAAUGACCGUCGAGAUUAAGAACGACACCGACCACUACAUCGCCUUCGUCGGAUCUUCCACUCUGUCCAGCAUCUGGGGAACAACCGAGGUCAAGACCGAGGGCGACAUCCAGAAUGUCAAGAUCAGCAAGUCUGGCUCUACAUCUGGUCUCUUCACGGCGCUGUCAUUUGUCGCAGCCGCUGGUUCAGACUCCUCGAAGAAUGUGCCCUUCUCCGUCUGGGCGACCAUGGGUGCUUCUGCUGGCAGCACCGUCGAGGUCAAGCUCGUCGACGCAACGCCCAUCAUCAAUGGCGAUCUGAACCAACUUCGGGCGAUCGAUUGGGCCGAUAAAAUCUACGAAAACACCGCGUGGCAACAAGACAACGUCGAUCGUGCGAAGUUCAAGCCUCGAGAAGAUUAGUGGAGAGUACCCCAACUCGUAUUACAAGCUGCACAUUCGCCAGUGAUUGAUUCGCCAGUAGUUAAGCAUGCCAUUUCAAAAGGGGUUCACUGUGGGCUCCGACACGCUACGAGAGCGUAAGUCU